AAAUGCAUACUGUGUUGCUGUUUGCAAAAAGUUGGUUCUUGAUCUUGUGGUCAAUCUUUGAGAAUAUAUACAGUCUUAUAUCUAAACUGAUGUUUUGGUUUGGACAAACUGCAAGCCAAAUAUGUCAAGGACUCAAAAAAUAUACAUCAGGCAUUUCUCAGGUUUUACAGUGAUGCUGCAGCAUCAGGAGGUUUUUGGUGUCAUUGUAAAUUCAUGCAUCAGAGAUAUUUUUAUGAAUACUAAUACCUGGUCUUAUGCUUGUCAUGUUUAUAGCUGUGUGAUUAUGUAGUUGCAGAUGUUGUGCAGAUGAGAAGCUACAUCUGAGUGAAUUCUGUUUAGUUACAGACGAUGGAAUCUGAAUGAGAAUUAGUCAACACAGACAUUGUAAAGCAUUUCACAGCUUCUGUUUGCUAUUGCUGUUUUUCUGCUGCAGCUUGUUAGAGAUGCAAAUACCAGUAAACCGUGUAAUCACACAUUAUUUGUGUUAGAAAAUGUGACUGAUUUAACAACAAAAAUGAAAGGCUGGCAUAUUUGAGGUUUCCACUUGCUGCUGUGGCAAAAACUUCAUUUUGAAUUCUGUCAAAAUGAAGAAAGAAGAAAAGGCAGACAUUUUAAGGACAAGCUAGAAAACCGAUAAAAAUAUAGCAGAAAGUUGCAUAAGCACUGAAGGAAAAACUGAAAGCAAGUAAAGGAGAUGGCAUGGAAAGAUUAGUGAUGGACAGGAAGGGAAGAACGAUGCUGGCAGGGGGCGGAGGGAAGGUACAGGGAGACUGCGUGAGUGGGAGGUCUUCUCCCUUUCUAUCGCUGUGGUGUAUAUUUCUCUCAUAUUCUCCCUCUUUCUCUGUUAUUUUCUAUGCAACUGAGAGAAAUUAUGAGAAGUGAUUAAGUGUUUUCCUAUGUGCAACCCCAUGUGAAAAUCUGUACAACCCGACCUUCAGAAGGAGCGCUGUCGCUGAAGACAAACAGGAAAAUCCAAGGUCAUCACAGCACGCUUCUCUGUGACGUUGACUUCAGCCCCCUUUUCAGUGCGCGAGUGUAUAUGGCUCUGUGUGUGUCAGAUCGGCAGGCGGAGUGGGAGUGUGUGUGUGUGUGUAAUUCAUUGCUUCAAGCCAGGCUCUGCACCAAUCACAGAGCACAUUCUUAUGCCUUUUAGCUCCAAGCACACGUGCAGGCAUUUAUCCCAGAGUGAGCAUUGUGCGUGUGUAUGUGUGUAAGUGAAUUUUCAGUGCCUCUUGGCACAGCAGCAUGUCUGUAUGAACCACUGAAGCCACAUUAAGGAAACAUAAGCUGCUGCUGCAGUGAGUCGCCAGCAUCACGAGUGAUGUACGGGGUUUGCGGUUGUUGUGGGGCACUCAGGCCUCGGUACAAGCGACUGGUAGACAACAUCUUCCCAGAGGACCCAGAGGAUGGGCUGGUGAAAGCCAACAUGGAGAAGUUGACAUUCUAUGCCCUGUCAGCUCCAGAGAAGCUCGACCGUAUCGGAGCUUACCUGUCUGAGAGAUUGUCAAGGGAUGUGGCCCGACACCGAUACGGGUAUGUAUGCAUAGCCAUGGAGGCCUUGGAUCAGCUGCUGAUGGCCUGCCACUGUCAGAGCAUCAACCUGUUUGUGGAGAGUUUCCUUAAGAUGGUGCGGAAGCUGCUCGAGUCAGACAAACCCAGCCUACAGAUCCUAGGAACCAACUCAUUCGUGAAGUUUGCGAACAUAGAAGAGGACACCCCAUCGUACCACCGCAGUUACGACUUCUUUGUGUCACGCUUCAGUGAGAUGUGCCACUCUAGCUUCGAGGACCCUGACAUCCGUACAAAGAUCCGCAUGGCAGGUAUCAAGGGUCUGCAGGGUGUGGUGAGGAAGACUGUGAAUGAUGAGUUACAGGCAAACAUCUGGGACCCUCAGCACAUGGACAAGAUCGUCCCCUCUCUGCUUUUCAACCUCCAGAGUGGAGAGCGUACAGAGAGCCGCUCCCCCUCGCCGCUGCAGGCGUCAGAGAAAGAGAAGGAAAGCCCGGUGGAACUGACAGAGCGCUGCUUCAGGGAGCUUCUGGGACGAGCUGCCUAUGGCAACAUCAAGAAUGCUAUCACACCCGUGCUAAUGCACUUAGAUAACCACUCUCUAUGGGAGGGGAAGACCUUUGCAGUGCGUUGCUUCAAAAUCAUCAUGUACUCCAUCCAGUCUCAGCACUCCCACCUGGUCAUCCAGCAGCUUCUCGGUCACCUGGAUGCUAACAGCAAGAGCUCGGCCACAGUGCGAGCUGGCAUAGUAGAAGUUUUGCUGGAGGCAGCUGCCAUUGCAGCCAGUGGCUCUGUUGGCCCCACAGUUUUAGAAGUGUUCAACACUCUGCUGCGGCAGCUCCGUCUCAGUGUUGACUACGAGUUGACCGGCUCUUACGACGGCAGCACGAACAUCGGCACCAAGAUCAUCAAAGCUCACGAGGAGAGGCAGCUGCAGGAGGCUGUCAUCAGGACCAUUGGUUCAUUUGCAAACACUCUGCCAACAUACCAGCGGUCAGAGGUCAUGCUCUUCAUUAUGGGCAAGAUCCCUGUCCCUGGUGUUCACCUAGCGCUGCCAUCCACUGGCUCAGGGCCUGAGGGCACCCGGAUGAUUCAGAUCAUGUUACUUAAAUCCUUGGUCCAGGUUACAGCGGGAUUCCAGACCACCAACAUGCUGACAGCACUGCCAAGCUCCUUCCUGGAGCCACUGCUGUCCCUCUCUCUCACCGAGGAUCCAGAGGUUCGACUGCUGGUGCUACAGAUCCUUCUCAGUCUCAUUGACCGGCAUGACAACAGGCCAAAGUUCUUCAACAUUAGCAGCAUCUCGGACAUCUCGGCACUCAAGCUCAAAGUGGACAAGUGUUCCAGACAAGACAACUUAUUCAUGAAAAAGCACGGUCAGCAGCUGUACCGACACAUUUACCUGGGCUGCAAGGAGCAGAACAGUGGUCGCCAGCACUACGAGUUCCUUUUUGCUCUUUUGGGCCUUCUGAGUGUGGAGCUGGCUAAUGAAGAGGUGGUGGUGGACCUCAUUCGUCUCACAUUGGCAUUGCAGGACCUGGCACUUUCGACCGACGAGGCUCUGCCCGUUUAUAACCGCUGCGCUAUUCACGCCCUCGCCGCUGCCUACCUCAACCUCAUCUGCCAGCUCACCACCGUUCCAGCCUUCUGCCAGCACAUACACGAGGUAAUUGAAGUCAGACAGAAAGAAAGCCCCUACCUUUUGCCUGAGGAUGUCUUCAUUGACAACCCCAAGCUGCCUCCCUCCCUGGAGAAGGUAGAAGGGGAUGUUUUGUUCCUUCAGUCGAAGAUUACUGAGGUGCUUGGAGGCAGUGGUUACAACACAGAGAGACUGGCUACACCUUACGUCCCACAGUACACAGAUGAGGACCGUCUGUCAAAGAGAAAGAGCAUCGGAGAAACAAUCUCACUCCAAGUGGAGGUGGAGUCCAGAAACAGUCCAGAGAAGGAAGAGAGGACACCGGCAGAGGAGAUCACAUUUGAGACCUUAAAAAAUGCCAUAGUGGACAGUGUGGGGAUGGAGGAGCAGGAGAGGGAGCGGAGAAGACAAGUGGUGGAGAAGUUUCAGAAAGCCCCCUUUGAGGAAAUAGCUGCCCAUUGUGGUGCCAGGGCCACUCAGUUGCAGAGUAAACUAAAUCAGAUCUUUGAAAUUACAAUCAGACCCCCACCCAGUCCAUCUGGAACCAUCACGUCAGGUUACGGCCAAACCCAGAGUCGAUCCGUGCCCAUCUAUGAGAUGAAAUUUCCCGACCUGUGUGUGUAUUAAAACCAGAAAGUACACAAAAGAGAGACACUGAUCACUCCUCACUGUAAAGGCAUCUUUGACACAGAAUCUUUUAAGGGAUGUGAGGGAACUAUUACAGUUGAAGCUAAGCCACUUUUCUUUUUUUUUUCUUUUCUUUGAUUAUCCUAUCCAUCUGAAAUGACAAUUCUUUUGCUCUGUGACAGCAGCCAACACAAGGAGGCCUAUGUUUGUGAAAGCAGCAGUAAAAACAAAGUUUAUUUGAAUUAAAUGUUUUCCCUUCAGUUCUCCUUAAAUGUCUGUAAAAGCUCCACUGGCUGGAGUUUUGUGUCAGUCUUUGAGGAAAAUUGUUGUGACAGACUGAAACCUUUUAUGGAGGCGGCGUCAGAAUGAAUGAAAUGAGUUGCAUGCUCUGAAACUGGACAUAUUUUAAAAAGCACUGCUAACUAUUUUGUCCCUUACAGGGUGCCAUACUUCCGUAAAUUAACAAAAAUAGAUUGACCAAUCAUUCUUACUUUCUCACAACAUUUUAUAUUUAAUCAAUUGUCAUGUUUUCUUUCGGUCCAGAAGAAAGUAUUUGAACGAGACACAUUUUAAUUUAAUCCUGUUGUAUAUGUUACUACUUCCAAUAUUACGUGUUUAACUUGUUUAACAGUUUGGUUUUUUUUGCCUUUUUUUAGUGUUAGCCAAAAGUGCUUUUUCCUUUAACAAUGGGCAUAUAUAUAUAUAUAUAUUUCCUGCACCUAUUUUUACAAAUUUUCUUUUAAUAAUUUGUUUUGUUUUUAGCUGUGGUUUAAAGAAAGAUAACUGCUGCCUGUGUGCUAUCCUCCAAAGUGAGUGUGCCUUAUAGGUGACUCAAGUUCCAAGACACGCAAAAACACACACAUACACUGCGCCACAGACGAUCUGAAGAGUUUACCAGAUUAAACACUAGAGAAAUGACUAAGGAUUCUUUAUUUUUUUUUCCUUCUCAUAGAAAUGUGUAUAUACAGAGAAAUAUAUAAAUCUUUAAGCUGAUGUACAGAGUAGGGACGUUCUUGUUUGUGUAUGUACUAUAAUUGUAUAUUAAUUGUAAUUUUAGACUGCCACAACACUGAUGAGUGUCAUAUAUGGAGGGAGAAAGCUACUUAGUUUGUAUUCAGAUACUUUUUCUAAAACUCUCACACAAAUAAUCAACACGUGAAAUUAUAAUAUUAAUUGCCAAGGGUCUCUGUAAACCCUCAGUAGAAAUCAUGUGAAGCCAGUAAUAGUUAUGCUAGUAAGGUAUUAACGAGCCCAUCUCAUACAAUCUUUCAAGGAAAAUGGAUUUAAAAGUUACUUUAUUAUUAUGUCAUUGCUUUCCAGAAUUGUGGAAACUUGUUUUGCUGCCAUUAC